UAAGAUAAAGCAAUAAUAAAAUAAAGUGGAAGAUUUCUGCUGUGGGAUUGUCCCUCCACUUCUGAUUGUUUGGUGUUACUGCUCCUUUAAUCAGUGAGAGUCAGACGAGACGCGGGUGCAGUAGCCGCUGGGGGCGGCAGAGGGCGCAGUGGAGCAGUUUUCCCGCAGCAGCAGAAUCAGUUCAGGUUUGAGCGGCUCAGACUUCGCGACUGUUUCACUUGCGCCCAAUUCUCCUCCAGAUGAUGCGACAGCGGGGGCAGAGCGGGGCCACACAUUGUACAUCCAGCAGCAGGAGGAGGAGGAGGACUGACAUUAACGGAUCAGAACACGGACCUUCCUACAGUCUCAUCUCCCUGAGCUGCUGCCGCUGAGCGACCAGCGAUUUGGGGCGUUUGUGACUAUGGAGCCGGUCACUGCCUCUGUAUUAGACCCGAGUCUCACCGUCCUGCUGUCAGAGGGGAGAGACAACUUGUACAACAGAUCAGGUCAGUGUAAGAAGAUGUCGCCGCCAGACUCGGGGACCCUGCACGUCGUCUAUGGCAAUGGCUCCUCCGUUGGCUCCGUGUUAAUGUUCCAGUGUUCCUCUAUGUACCAACUGGUGGGAGAAGGAAUCUCUACCUGUGUAUGGAGAGGGAACAGCACCUUAUGGACCUCAGGGGCCCCCACGUGCAAAGCCCUUUCCAGGUACGAGACUUUCGGCUUUAAAGUGGCAGUAAUCGCCUCCAUUGUGAGCUGCGCCAUUAUCCUGCUCAUGUCCAUGGCCUUCCUUACGUGUUGUCUCGUCAGCUGCGUCAAGAAAAACGAGAGGCGCCGAUCCGAGAGAGAGAAGGUCGUGUGGAAUCAGUUGGACUGUGAGGGGCUGGAGAAUGUGCAGGUGGAGCAGUUUGGGAUGAAAGGCAGAAAUAAUAACAAUAAUAAAGAUGGCGGCCGGCCCGCGCUGGCGGAUUGGAUCAAUAUGUCGUAUGAGAACCACGGAUUCUGCAGAUGCCACGAUGUCUGGGCGGGGGAAGUCCCCACUGUUGGUUUCGGUGGAGAACAUUCUGCUGCCGGGCCAAGAAGUGCCAGUCAUGUUGUGCCCAGUGGAGCGAUACAGACAGUGAGCCGGGGGCACAUAAUAGAAGUCUAUGGUCGGGACAAGGAAUUUAUUAGGAGGUUCGAGGCACAUUUACCCGAGUGAAACCAACAAACUGACAAAUAAUGAACUGAAGAACCAAGUGGGUCACCCAUGUGCCUUACUCACGACUGGAACAUUCUUGUGGGUCGGAUCAUGUUAAACUCCAGAGAAUAUUUCCAGGUGCCAACUGAUCAUUUGCUGAUUUUUUUUCUGCAUAAAUAUCCCCAAUUUCAUGAUGUGACUUUAGAAACCGUCAUAUUUUAUUAAAGUCCAAAUUCUCUGGAACCACCAGACACCUAAAGCCAAUAGGGACCCUACAGAAUGUCCAGCACCCAGAUGCCCCUCCAGGAGAAGGUGCUGAUACUUUUAAACAUAAAGUUUUUGUGUCAAUAUUUUUGGAUGCCGAAAGAAAUUCGGAGAAAAGUAAGCUCUUGGGGUGAGUUUCCCUUUGCAGAACGAGGGCUGUAUAAAUAUCAAACCCUGCAGCGGGGAACACAGGCGGCAUUUUAUACACCGGAUCAGCACUUGGCUCCGAUUUGGGGACAGCAAUUUUGUAACUGAAGAACUUUUAAUUCACCCCUCGUCUCUCAGCUGCGAUGCCAGAACCAACUGAUAAAAGCACCAGCCUUAGCAAUAAAUAUCAAACUGGGUUUUUGUAUUUGAUCUGACUCUGGUGCUGGUUCUGACUCCUAGUGUCUCAUUUUGUACUAACUAAAGGGAAUUCUCACAAGCGGCCCAAAUUCCAAGGAGAUUCCUUAUUAUUGUUCUUUAUUCCCAAUAAUGUUUAACAAGAGAAGGA